CCCAUCCUGUUUCUCAAACAUCUUCUAGCGUUACCAAUUAAGUUCUAAAGAAGUUCCAAGCUAGUUCCAAGUUCCAACAUUAUGGCUACUAGUGCUGCCACCUUUCUCUGUUCUCCUCCCCUUCCCAUCACCAGCCGCACUUUGUUUGCUUCUCAAACCAAGAAACCCAACAGCAUCUCCUUUAAGACAUCCUACAAAACCAACAAAGGCCUAAUCAGAGUCACCGCAAUGGCGGAGAACAAGGAGGAGAGCCACUCCCUCAACGUUGAGGUGAACAAAGGCACCACCAAACAGAAAGGCACUGCUCCGGAACGCCGACCACGCCCCUCAACCUUAGACAUCUCCCCUUUCGAUCCAAUGUCACCAAUGAAGACGAUGAGACGGAUGCUGGACACGAUGGACCGGUUGUUCGAGGACGUCGUGACGUUCCCCGGGUCAAUAGGGAUGAGCGGGGCCGGUGAGAUACGGACGCCGUGGGACGUGACGGAGGAUGAGACGGAGGUGAAAAUGAGGUUUGACAUGCCGGGGUUAUCCAAAGAGGAGGUGAAGGUGUCGGUGGAGGACAAGGUGCUGGUGAUCACUGGGCAGCAUAAGGAGGGAGAGGGGGAAGCAGAGUCAUGGUGGAGGAGCAGAAGCUCGUAUGACAUGCGGUUGCUGCUGCCGGACGAGUGCGAGAAGGAGAAUGUGAAGGCGGAGUUGAGGAAUGGUGUGCUGCUGGUCACUGUUCCAAAGAUUAAUAAGGGUGAUAAGAAAGUCAUUGAUGUUCAGGUUCAGUGACAGGUUUGGUAGAUACUGGAUACUAGAUAGUAAUAGUAUGAUCGUAUGAUGGGAAUCGUGUAUAUUUUAAGUUAAAUUUAACUGGUUUUAGUUGGUGCUUUCUUGUGCUGUCAUGUAGAAUAUUGAGUUGCAAAAAAGGGUAAAUGGAAAAGCAAUGAUUUAAUUGUAUGAUGUUAUGUUUGUUUUGGAAUAUUAAAGAUAAAUAAAUACGAAGAUGUAUAAGUUAUGAUAA